AUGACCUUUAAAUCCAUGUUUGUUACGGCUGUCCUCGUCAGUCUCGCCGCGCUCCCUGCAUCUGUCCGCGCCCAGCAGUCGACGGUCCAGUGCGUCUACGCUGACUGGGCCAACAACGGCGACAGUCAGAAUCCAUGCCAGGUCUGGGCCAAUCUGGGAUCAAAGUGUGGCACCUUCAACGUCGCCCCGCUUGGCGCACCCAAUCCCACUACGGGUGAAUCUGCGUCGUAUGGUGCCCCAGGAGGAACUACAGUCCCCUCAAAUGAUUGCCAGUGCAAUCGUAUCGCUUACUCGCUCAUGGCUGCCUGCUCCUGGUGCCAAAAGGACGUGUGGGUGACUCUGGCGACAACGGUCGAUACAAAUGGAUUGAACAUUCCCCCGUAUGCUACCCAGCCCCUCCCAGGACCUUUCUGGGAUCCUACCGAUGCUCAAGCUGCUCAAAUUCGUCUCGGCUCAAGUGGGACGGCAACCAGCGGUGGUUCUGGCGGUAACAACGGCGGAACCAGUGGAAACGGCUCACACUCUGGCGCUCCUCUCUCCAUGUCAGUCGGUAUCGCGGCUGGAAUGGCCGUCUUGGCUCCCAUGGCAUUCCUCUACUGA